UAGAACCAAAAAUUUUAUGUGGUAUGGUGUUCUGGGUGGAAAGGAAAUUUUACAGAGGACAUUCAAAAACUUAGAUCAACGAGUACAGUUAGAAUGUGAUGGACAGAAAAUUCCUCUUCCUAGUCUACAAGGCAUUGUAAUACUCAAUUUUCCAAGUUACAUGGGAGGUGCUAAUUUUUGGGGAGGAACAAGAGAAAAAGAUACAUUUCAAGCCCCAAGUUUUGAUGACAAGAUUUUAGAAGUUGUAGCAGUAUUUGGUGGUAUGCAGAUGGCAGUCUCCAGAGUAUUAGAUAUACAACAUCAUAGAAUUGCUCAGAGUAGAACAGUAAAGAUAACAAUAAUUGGUGAUGAAGCUGUUCCUGUACAAGUCGAUGGUGAGGCUUGGAACCAACCACCAGGCUAUAUCAGAAUUGUCCAUAAGAACAGAGCACAAAUGCUGACUAGGGACAGGGCAUUUGAGAAGACCUUAACCCAAUGGUCAGAGAAACAGAAAACAGAGAGACCACGGAGUCCUCAAGCCAUCCCUCUCUCUGAGGAAGAGUCAAUAGUUUUACAGAGCUUUGUAGAGGCAGCAUCCUCCCUUAUAAAGUGUGUGAAAGUAGUUUCCAGGAAGUACAGUGCUGUUGAAGAGGAUUUGUAUCCCCUAACAACCCAGUCUUCAGAAUUCUUAGACAAUUUGUUUCCAUCAGGACGACUGGCUGAUCUUGAUACAGAUGAAACUGAAAUAAGCCAGCCAACAGUACGAAGUCAAGUAACAGAUUUUAUACGUCGUGUCCAACAUCUUUAUAAUGAUACCAAUGUCUUUCUUACUGAUAAAGCAGCUCUGCUAACAUGCACUAGUAGUAUUUGGUGGUGUUCAAGGUUUAGAGGCAAGUUUAGAUGCAGAUGAAGCGCUGAAUGUAGAUAAUCCCAGCUUGUUGUUCCAACAUUACCUCAACACCUGCCCGUGUCAAGGGAGUCGCACCAUCAGAACUGAAGAAGCCAUUUUGAUCACUUUAUCAUCACUACGACCACAACUUCACAGAAACAGAUCUCCAGAUUCAUGACAAAAAUAAAUUGUUUGUUUUAUCA